CGGCGUUUAUAUCCGGUUUAAGGCGCAUGCGUGAAAAUUUGUUUAGUUGCAUGACUUGUGCAAAAAUAGUUUAAAAAAGAAGCAAAAUGAGUUCUAUCGGAACAGGAUAUGACCUGUCAGCAUCUCAGUUUUCUCCUGAUGGCAGAGUGUUCCAAGUAGAGUAUGCACUAAAAGCUGUAGAAAAUAGUGGAACUGCUAUUGGAAUAAGAGGAAAGGAUGGAAUUGUGUUCGGAGUUGAAAAACUUGUCACAUCAAAACUUUAUGAAACAGGGGCCAACAAAAGAAUUUUCAAUAUUGAUAGACAUAUAGGAAUGGCUGUUGCAGGAUUGUUAGCUGAUGCAAGACAGAUUGUUGAAACAUCAAGGGAAGAGGCAGCUAGUUACAGAUCAAAUUAUGGCUCUCCUAUCCCACUUAAACUUGAAAAUGAGUUGGUGACAGGUGGUAGACAUGAGCUUGUUCCUAAGAACGUGUUUACAGAUGCUGAAAAAUAUGCAAAGGAAUCUCUUGAGGAAUCAGAUGAUAGUGAUGAUGAGGACUUGUAUUGGAUACUGUGAUUAUCAUUAACAUUUGGAACAUUUUUAGUACCAUCAUUGUCAUCAUCUAUAGGGAUGCAGAACAGUGCUAUAUAAUAUACUUUAUAAUUGUUUGUUUAUGAACAGUCUGUCUCUGAAUACACACAAUUUCAAUAUGAAAUUUGGAAAAUAGUUUAAAUUUUCAUGGAAUUUAAGAAAGUAAUUAAGAAGUGUUUGUGUUCAGUUGCAUAGUGAUAUAUCAAGGCAGUGGCCCAGUACCACAGAAUUGAAUAUUGAAAAUGAUAAUUUUUUACUACUUCAGUAUCCCCUUUUGUCUGAAUACACACAAUUUCAAUACAAUGUUUGGAAAAUAUUUUAAAUUUUAUGGAAUUUAAGAAAUUAAUAAAUUAACGUGUUCAGUUGCAUGACAUGUUGUCAAGUGAUAUAUCAGGGGACAGUGACAUAAUCCUACAUGUCUGGCAUAGAGACAUGUUAACAUUUUGAUAGUUUGUUCACAAAUUAUUUUCAUGAUAAUUCAUUAAUGAUUAUGAAUAAAAGUGCUAAAUAAUGUCA